CGCAAUUUCAAAAGCCGGUCAGGCGAGACUCAUGUGUUAAGGGCACAAAAAGGCCGACGGUGAAAGUGAAAGUGAAAGUGAAAGUGGCCGUAAGUGAGAGCACGUGAGAGCAUGUGAAGCCGACUGCCGAGUGAUUCCCCGCAAUCUUUUCUGUCGGACUCUAUUUUAAUUAUUUACACGUGAUUCUCAUUUCGCAUUCGAGCUUCAGACGCAAAACAUGCAAGGACGAAGCGAUGUCGCCUGGUUCCCUUUCACCGCAAGCUGCUAGCGAUACUGCGGGAGUAGCAGCCUCCCAGAGACAAAAAGAGGAGACUUCGUCCCAAGCACCUGCAUCAACAUUUGGGACGACCGUUGCGCACGACGAUAAUCCGAGAAGUCCCAAAAGACAGCGCCUAUCCCCUCCCGAAGAUGGUGUAGAGAAGAGAAGUGCUCAAGUGCCGAGUGUCGUCCCAGGGGUGGCCGAUGCGCAAAAGAAGGAAAAUGAACAGUCAACGGUGCCUCAGUCUACAGCCGCACCGGUCCCUGCGCCAGCUGGGAACCAGAACCCCACUGCCUCUACACAGCCACCCAAGCAAAAGCCGGUAGGAAUGAAGAACCGUCUGGACAGUCUACCCCUGCUGGAAAGCAUAGCUUCUGAAAUAUUGACCUUCCUUGCCCGCUUGACACCCAGCGAGGCCUUGGGCUUGUCGAAUAUACCUAAUUCUCCCAAGACCCGCGAAUAUGCUGCGCUGCGAGCAAGGUUCGACCCCAUCAGAAGGAUGUUCUAUACUGGACAGCCGUUCUUAUCGACACAGGAUCUGCAACUUCGAGACGCGAACCAGAUCGAGUCCAUCCGCAAAGCCAACCAAGCCACAUUUAUGUCGAGUAUCUUCACAGGUGAAAUCGGACUUCGCGAUAUGGACCGUGGCUUCCUUCCUGUAUUGGUGCCGGAGAAUGGAACACUACUGAAGUCGCAAGCCUCGAUGUUUCUUGAGUUGAAAACCCAAGGCUUCAUAACAGCCUGGAGGACAGGCGCAGCUCCACCUCACGUGGUUAUGGCGGAUAUGUUUGGACCAGACCUAGACAAACAGAUCCUGGCCAGGAGGCCCGGCACAACCAUCUUAGGACCGACAGAGCAAGACUUCCUCAAUCAACUUUCAUCGCGGCGUGAAAUUCUGCAAACUCAUGCCAAGAGCAACACUCUUGACCAGUUACCCCUAAAGUACCGGUGGGAGGAUUUUAGCCGAGAGGUGGUAGCUUAUUUGAAGCAGAGCAUUGAGACCUCAUCCAACAACGGCAACGCUCAGGUUGAUUUGAAGCGGAGUGAUCCUACUAAGAAUCUACAGCGAGGUCAAAUGGAAGGACAAUUCUCCGUACACGCUCCACCAGCGCUGGCCGCUUCCACCGAGUCUAUCCUGAUGCAAGUGACGCAGGGUCAAACUCCGACUAUAACCCUGUUUGACGAUGAUUUUGUUGUGCAAGCCGCUAGAGCUGCGGAGAUUGCGCUGCAAGAAAUUGGGGGUGUAUCAGCUCCAGAGCAAGUGCCCGCGGUGCCAUCGCCUACUGCCAAACAAGAGACGCCUGCUGCUCCGUCAACCUUGCCUGAACAGCAGCAGCACGAGCCACGUAUGGAGAACAGAAAGUCUAAGUCACCUUCAGCUAUAAGCAGCAACCCGGAAAUCCCUCAUGCAUCCCAGACGGCCCCUACCUUGAUUCUUUAUGAAAGAGCUAGACAGGCUGCAACAGCAAAGGCUUCCAUGAUACCGCGAAAAGGAGUCGUACUCGCCCAGAGGCGUCCCUGGACGACUGAAGAAGAACACGCCCUGAUAAAUGGCAUCGACCAGGUCAAAGGCGCACACUGGAGUCAGAUUCUGGCGAUGUAUGGACCGGGAGGCACGAUAAGUGAGGCUUUGAAAGACCGAAAUCAAGUGCAGCUCAAGGACAAAGCGCGCAAUUUGAAGCUGUUCUUCUUGAAAAGUGGCAUCGAAGUACCUUACUACUUGCAAGCUGUUACAGGCGACCUGAGAACCCGGGCUCCGGGACAAGCUUCGAAGCUGGAGGAAGCCAAGGAACGCGACAGGAUGCAAUUAGAAGCAGACGAGAUGUCCUUCGAUGAUUUGGAUGGCUUCGCGGCCCUUGAAGAUGACGAAGCACAACUACAAAGCAUGGCGGAUGCCGGUGCUCCACCGCUGAAUCAAAAGUCCCCGAAAACUGAUAGACUUGGUCAGGUUUCUCAGCCUCCCGAGUCAAAGACAACGUUUGAACCGAGUAUGGAGGAUGUUGAGGCCAUGAUCGCUCGCGCAGCUGCGCAGGCUUCUCAGGAAGUGAAUUCAGGUCGCCUUGAAUCUUGAUCAUGACAGAGUCCACGACAUAGGAGAUGUAGACAUCUACGAGCUUGAAAUGCGAUGUCCUUUCAUAGGCUGUUGCUACCUCAGCGCCUG